UAAAACCCUAGCAAAUUAUUUCCCCCAAAAAGCUUAAAAACACUUACAAUGGCGAUCCUGAUUCGAUCACGACCGUUGAUCAGAAAAUUAACAAAUUUCAAAUCAAUCACAACCGCUCCUUUCCUCUCACAAGAACCUCAACUCGCCGGAACUCCGCCGGAGAACACUACCCCACUACCCCCAAAUCCAUCCUCCGGUAGCCCACUCUACAAUGAAAACUGGAGAUCCCCAUUUGCAGCUACCUCACAAUCUGUAUCUUCCUCCGUUGUACCCUUGGGGUUCUUACGCCAAUCGCCAGCUGCGCGUAUGCAGGCAAUGUCGGAAUCACUUGAUGUGGAAGGUUUAAUGAAUCUGUUUGCUGAUUGGGUAACGACGCAGAGGUGGGAGGAUAUGAAACAGGUGUUUGAGCUUUGGAUUAGGUCGUUGGAUAGAAAUGGGAAACCGAAUAAGCCUGAUGCGAAUCUGUUUAAUUAUUAUUUGAGAGCUAAUUUGAUGAUGGGUGCUACUGCUGAUGAUUUGUUGGGAUUAGCUAGUCAAAUGGAGGAGUAUGGACUUGUUGCUAAUACUGCUUCGCAUAAUUUGAUCUUGAAAGCUAUGUUUCAAUCUGGUGAACCAUUGUCAUGGGCUGAUAAAGCUGUCAAAUUGCUCGAAAGGAUGAUUGCAACCGGAGUAGAGUAUAAAGAAGCUUUGCCUGAUGAAGAGUCAUAUGAUUUGGUUACUGGCUUGCUAUUUAAAGCAAACCUUAUUGAUGAUGCGUUGAAAUAUAUUGAUUCAGCCUUAAAAUCUGGGUAUAAGCUAUCCAUGAAUGUAUUUAAUGAGUGUGUGCGAAGCUGUAUCUACAGCAACAGGCUGGAUGCAUUGGUGUCAAUAAUAGAGAAAUGCAAGAAAACAGAUCAGAACAAAGGCCUGUUGCCGCCUUGGAACAUGUGCACACACCUUGCUGAUAGUGCAUUACAAGCAGAUAAUAGUGAACUAGCUUUUACUUCCUUGGAGUUCUUUGUGAAAUGGAUUGUUAGAGGUGAGACUGUGAAGCCCCCUGUUUUACUCAGUGUUGACGAAGGACUGCUUGUGGCUGCACUUGGAACUGCUGGUAGAACAUACAAUGUGAAACUCCUUAAUGGUGCUUGGGAAGUCCUUAAGCGCUCACUACGGCAAAUGAGGAUCCCUAACCCUGAGUCUUUCCUUGCAAAGAUGUAUGCCCAUGCGUCAUUGGGACAAUUGCAGAAUGCUUUUGCUACCCUGCAUGAGUUUGAGAAAGCUUAUGCUAAUUCUAAAGAUGAGAGUGCAGAAGAACUAUUUUCUCCCUUUACCUCUUUGAAUCCACUGGCUGUUGCUUGCUGCAGGAAUGGUUUUGUCACCCUGGACUCUGUUUACUAUCAGCUGGAGAAUUUGAGCCGAGCAGACCCCCCUUUCAAGUCUCUUGCUGCACUCAAUUGUGUAAUUUUAGGCUGUGCCAAUAUAUGGGAUAUUGAUCGUGCUUAUCAGACAUUUGCUGCAAUUGAAUCCACUUUUGGAUUAACCCCAGAUAUCCAUUCAUACAAUGCGCUGAUAUAUGCAUUUGGGAAGCUUGGCAAGAGGGAUGAAGCCACAAAAGUCUAUGAGCACUUUAUGGAUUUAGGAGUGAAGCCAAAUGAAAUGACAUAUUCUCUACUUGUUGAUGCUCAUCUUAUUAAGCGAGAACCGAAAGCUGCACUUUCAGUAGUUGAUGAGAUGGUACAUGCCCAGUAUAAACCUUCCAAGGACAUGCUGAAAAAGAUCCGAAGACGAUGUAGUCGAGAGAUGGAUUAUGAAUCUGAUGAUCGAGUUGAGGAGUUGACCAAGAAGUUUAACAUCCGAAUGGGUGCAGAGAAUCGUCGUAACAUGCUCUUUAAUCUUAGAUACAACAUGGAAUAUUCUGGUUAGAUGUUGCUGAAGUGGAGUUAGAGGUAGCAUGCAUAGUCAACACCCGUUCAAAAUUUCUCGCCCUUCUGCUGAGAAACUUGAUGGAAUGAAAUAUUAGAAUAUCAGUGCUUCUAGCAUUUGAAUGUUAAAAGACUCUUUUCCCUCUUCUUCUAGCUUGCCUCUGUGCUAGUUGGACAGCUGAUGUUGGCGUUCGCAAAGUUUAGCAGUGUCACAUCUCAUAUGCCUCGGGGCGAUCCUCUAACCAGUGGCUGUAAAUUACUUAGUUCUGGUUAGUAUUGAGCUGUGGAGGAUGGUGUCUGGUUAGAAGGUUUUUGUUUUAACAUAUUUAUGUAUUCUUUUUUCCACCCAUUAGGUAGCUUUUAAAGACAGGGAAUUGCUAAUGAAAUGAGAUCCAUCUCAUUUUUGAAUAAACUCUACUCUUCAUGCUGAAGCAGUUUGCAUCAAGUGCAAUUUUCUGCUUUAUUCUUGUUUUUUUUUCUUCAGUUUCUUCCAUAGUUGAUUACCAAUUUUACAUGUGAAUUUCUGUUUGCUACAUUUUGAGGUGUGAGAAAAACUUGUCUACCACCCUUUUAGCCUC